AGCUCUGAGUUUGUAGAAACUGCAGCAGCCUCUCAUUUCCUCUGCUAGUUACAGUACCUCCCCGCUACCCAGAGAAAAAUGUGUGAUGAGAUGGUCCUUGCUAACGAGUGGCUACACAGCAGUGUGAGACUGUGUGAACUGAGGCCUGGCACAGUGGAGCAGCCUGAAGAGGAGAAGGAUUUAAGGGAUGCCGUUUUCAACAGCUCCUCCUUCCCCCUGCCUGCCUACCAAAGAUCAUCUGUUCUGAACUCACUGGAGGCGUACACCCAGGCUCUCAGGCAGGCUCAGAGGGGCUGUAUCGCAGGGGAAAGGAAAGCGGGAAUAAACCAGCAGCCCAUAGAACCCAUUCAUAGGUUUGCCCACUCCUUGGCUGGAGACAUCCUGCAGUCAGCCAGAGGUCAGUGGGGGACAGAACAGAAUGACGGGUGUGAUCGUGUCUCUAGGGGAACCGACCCUGCAGAGAUGGGCCAGAGGGAAGCCCUCAACUGCGGGCCCUCAGGAGGUCCAGAGGGGCUCAGCUGUACAAUCCUAAAAUCGGUGUUGGAGGAGGUGGCGGGACAGAGGGGAUCACAGAGACCUCGGCACAGGUCCAAAUCAGCGCCAGAUCCAACAGGGCGGUCAGCGGAGGUCUUUGGCGGAUGGAGGGCAGGCUGUAGGCUGGAGCAGGGGUCCCUCUCCUGCUGCACACACCUAGAAAAUCACAGUGAGGUGGAUGCAGACAUGGAACUGUGUGAUGAAAGUGUGCCACAUCGGUCUAACUUUAAAUCCAGGUCUUCCAGCAAGGAGUCCCCAGCCUGCUGGUUCUCAAGCAGUGCUGGUGGCCAGGAAGCCAAGAUGGAAGACAGGUCAGGGGAGAGGUGCUUCCUGGGUUCUUUUCCCAAUUAUGGGGCCUCCUGCUCCAUACUGUCCCCAACAGGCCUUCCCAGCAAGGGCUCCCUGGACUACCCUGAUGCUCCCCCAACCACUCCCCUCCUGCCUGAGAUGAUCAGAAGCCAUGGCAGCUUCAAUAGGAAGUUGAAGGGCAGCCUAGCAAAGGAGUUCCUGCCCUCGCCCCCACCUCCCACCCCAAAACACCUGCCCUGCAUCUCCGAGGUGAACAGUUUGGGCCUCAGGGAUGACAGGGCAGAGUUUGUGGCCCGGCUGAUGCGCUCACUGUCCCUGGAGUGCUCAGAGAGAGGGGGGCUGGGUGUGGAGGAGGAAUGGACAGAUGGAGCACACAGUGCAGAAAGAUGUCCACAGGAAAUCCCCAGGCUUUUGGCCUAUGCCACCCAGCUCUCAGCAAAUAUCAUCGGCUCGGCCACCACCAGCUGUGCAGCACACAUUGUGGGCCAGAUCACAAGAACAAACCCUGGCAAAUGGCUUCAGUUUGCAGCUGAACAAUGGGCCAAUGAGGUCAUGAGAGCCUCCCUCCUGGAGCUGAUGAAAGAGGAGAAAACAGGGUGGGUGGAGAGCACACCUCCGGUGCAGGGCCAGAAUAUGGCAGAGAAAUGGCCAGCAAACUCACUGUACUCAGCAAUGCAGUCAGAUGUAGCUGUAGGACAUAGCCUUGAGGACAUCAUUCCUCCUGAGUCCAGCCUGGCCCUAAAGUCUCAAUCACAGAGCAAGAACCAGGUACCCCAUGUCUCUGGGACAGAGGACCUGUGCUCUUUCGCUGGACAGUUGACUGCUGACACCCUGGUGCAGGCCCUGGCAGAGCUGGGAGCACCCGAUCUUGGGUACUGCCAGGUUCAGGAGAUGGCAGAGGAACUAUGCAGCGGCAUUGUGGCUGAGGCUGUCAUUACAGCAGCACAGCAGCAAAGUGUCAGGUGGAGGAGCCCAGAGGAAAGCUGUAACCCUAACAAUGGUAGAUUAGGGGCAAUGGCCAGCAUAUCUUCCCAACCAGGUAUGAUUGAACACGCUUAUGCCACCUCCUUAGUGGAAGCCGUAGUCAGACACUCUGUGCAGGAAGCCAUGAGGCUGAACAUGGGUCUCACAGCAGCAAGUGCAGGCCAAGACCUGAGGCUUGGAAACCCCUUGGAGUCAGAGGUCAGGGCUAUUCUGGACAACUGUGCAUGUCUGGGAGUACAGGAGCUGCAGGGGAUUCUUCUGUGGGCAACGGCCUCCAAUUUGGGGAGCCCCACUUUGAAACUUGCAGUGCAAGAUGUACAGCUUCAGACCGAGUUUUCCAUGCUGGGCAACAGAGCUUGGCAGGUUGGCUGGACAGUGGGAGAUCUGAUGACAUCACUAUGGCAAUAUUGUAAAUUGGAAGACAAUUUUCCCAGCAGUGGACGCAGCCUGAAUGAUGCUUCCCUGUUGAAGUACCUACAGGAGAAACUGGUGGGGGAAAUGACCAGCUGAGGAACAGUUAAGACAACGUACUCUGCUCUCUGACAUAACCAAACACCACGUGGACACGCUGUAAAGAGCAUUUCCUUCAUGAGAUGGUCAUGCUUUAUUUGAUUACAUUCUAACUUGUUUUUGAUAGAGGAGGCAGCGAUAUAAUAAAUGUGCGUACAUGUAGCCUAUUGUAAUUCUGUAAGAAGUCAUUUUUUAUACUGUUUAAUCUUUCUGAGUCAUCGCGAUUGGAAUAAAAUAUGACCAAAAAUGAAUAAUGUGAUUAAUUUUCUCACAAUAAUUAUGAAUUCCCUUUUUGUAUGUACACAGAAGGAAUUUCUUUUAUUUAUUUAUUUUUUAAAUAAAGGUACUGUAAUUGGGUGAUACCACCCACAUGCUA